GGGAUUCUGCAGGCUCGGGAAAACGCCAUCUUUAAACCCCAGAAGAAACCACAGUUGAGCGCCGGGGAUCAACGACACACUGUGCUUGCGUUGGGUUACAAUUUUGCGGACAUCAUCAUGAUCAGUUUGUUGACCAGCGAAACAAAUAAGCAACUAAUUGAAAGGACUGUAAAUACUCAACCAGGCCACGUUGUAUGGUCUUAAAAUUGUACUAUCAGAAGGCUAAUAUCAACAACAAUACCAGCUAGACUGAAAGACAACGGACGAGUAAUCAAGGCGUUGUUAUUGCUUGUUUCCAUUGGUGGCUUGUUAGCUAGCUUGCUAACCUGUCUUGAAGUCGGUUUGACAUUUACAUUACGUUGUUUUAAAAGGCUUGAUUUGGGACUCGACUGUGUGGCUGCAGUUUUAGUCCCGACUUCACUCCUCCCCAGCGGCCCAGCCGGAGAUGCGUGGAAGAUGUCGGUUUCGGGGCUGAAGGCCGAACUGAAGUUUCUAGAGUCCAUUUUUGAUCCAAACCACGAACGAUUCAGAAUUAUUGACUGGAAGCCGGAUGAGCUAAACUGUCAGUUUAAUGUGACUGGAGAAAAACUGUUGAUUAUACAUUGCAACAUUACGGAAUCGUACCCCUCCACACCUCCAAUCUGGUUUGUGGACUCUGAUGACCCGAGCCUGACACAAGUGUUGGAGCGCCUGGAAGAUGUCAGAAAGGGCAGCACCCUGCUCCUGCAGCAGCUAAAGCGGCUCAUCUGUGACCUCUGUCGGCUGUACAACCUGCCCCAGCACCCAGAUGUAGAGAUGCUGGACCAGCCCCUCCCUGCCGGCCCUGUAGGACAAGACCGAAAGCAUGGGGUCACAGACGAGGUCACGUCCGAAGAGGAGGAAGAAGAGGAAAUGGGAGAGGACAUUGAAGACCUGGACCACUAUGAGAUGAAAGAGGAGGAGCCAGUGGAUGGAAAGAAGUCUGAGGAUGACGGCAUCGAGAAGGAGAACCUGGCCAUCCUGGAGAAAAUCCGCAAGAACCAGAGGCAGGACCACUUGAACGUAAGUGCUCAUUCGGGUGCGGUGUCUGGUUCAGUGCAGGCCUCAGACCGCCUCAUGAAGGAGCUCCGGGAGAUAUACCGGUCCCAGAGUUACAAGAUGGGUAUCUAUUCAGUGGAGCUGGUCAAUGACAGCCUGUAUGAAUGGCACGUCAAGCUGAGAACCGUAGAUCCAGACAGUCCCCUACACAGUGACCUGCAGGUUUUAAAGGAAAAGGAGGGAAUGGAUUACAUUCUGCUAAACUUCUCAUAUAAAGAUAAUUUCCCUUUUGAUCCACCAUUUGUACGGGUGGCUUCUCCUGUGCUGUCUGGAGGUUAUGUUCUUGGAGGGGGUGCCCUGUGCAUGGAGCUUCUCACAAAGCAGGGCUGGAGCAGUGCCUAUUCCAUAGAGUCUGUAAUCAUGCAGAUCAACGCCACUUUAGUCAAGGGAAAAGCCAGAGUUCAGUUUGGAGCCAAUAAGAACCAAUACAAUCUUGCCAGAGCACAGCAGUCAUACAAAUCCCUGGUCCAGAUCCAUGAAAAGAACGGCUGGUACACUCCCCCUAAGGAGGAUGGUUAAGAGGACUGUUGCCAUGCCUCCACUGGGACCACAUGUCUUAGGAGCACCCCCCCUCCCUCAUUUUCUUUUCCCUCUAACUGGAGUUGUUUUCAUUGGGAGUUUGAUCCCCAUUCUGUUACCAUGAGAACCGACCAACCAAUGGUUAAAACCCCUCGCUGACCAACCACCUUAUCCACUUUGCAAUAGGGGAUCCACCCUCUUGCUAUUUAUCUUUCUCUCACUUGUGCAAUCGCUCCCUCUGUGUUCUUCCUGUUACAAUCUCACCCCUAAUCCCCUGAGCAUUGAAUUAGCUCCAUAUCUUGUGCAACUCCCUUAAAUCCUACUCUGGGCAAGCAAAGUAGAGCUUACUUACUGCCUGUGAUUUCGGGUCAAGGUUGAGGCAUGGCUUUUGCUAGUGAUUUGAAGCUCUCCGUCAGUCGCGUGACGGGCUGAGAUUCUCCUUCCACAGACUGGAACAGAGAAUGACAGGUGACAUUCCCCUUGUGACAGUGGAGGCUGGGAUGGACAAUGACACGCUGGUAGUGGGAAUGAGCACCACCUCACUCCCCAUGGAUGGCCUCUGUCAUAUCUGUGCUUGUGUAUCUAUCUGUAUAUUGCCAUGAUUCCUCCUUCUGGAAUAACAUGUCCUCCUAAAGAUAGCUUCCUUAAACAACGCCUGGUCUACAAAAGUCAAAGACCCUGAAUGGAGAGAGGAGAGCUAAAAACUCCUGACCAAUGUGGGACUGAGACGGCUUAAUGGAGGAUAUCCUGUUGAGCACAAGAGGUGGAGGCGCCUCCACCCAGCCCAAUCUCUCAGGCUGCUUUUGGAAAUAUGACCAGGCUUAGCAAAGGCAGGUUGGAUUUAAUCACUGUAAUGUAGUUGAAUUUAACUCCAUGUAAAGUUGUAUUUCUGAGAAUUGAUUUAAUUGUUUUUAACGUAAAUUUGUGUGGGUUUUGUGGUUCAAGCGGGCGGAGACUGGGGGCAUCAAUUUCUCAAGGUGUAUUUCAGAUGGAGGAUAAAGCAUUUGCUUCAUGGACACUCUUGCAGAAGUUAAAAGGAACACCUUUAAACCAUGUUUUUAUGUAAGCAUAAUGACUACUAUUGUUUUUUGUUUUCCUGUAUAAAUUGAAAUACUUUUGUUAGUGGUUUCAUAUGUUCAAAAGUGACACCAUUCCUUUUACUCAAUGACACAGUGGUGGUUUUUGGGCUUUCCAAAUAUGCUGGCUAAUUUCCCCGGUGACUCAAACUUGAUGAACCUUUCAGUAAGGCUCUGCACACAAUCGUUAAGAGGUAAUAUGUACACACAAUAAUUUGAAAACGUCUCAGUGCAGUCCCCUGUCUAAUUUGAAUCCAUGGUCUAACUAGCUUGUUCACACUCCCAGAUCGCCCAUCCAUGGUCUAACUAGCUUGUUCACACUCCCAAAUCGCCCAUCCAUGGUCUAACUAGCUUGUUCACACUCCCAAAUCGCCCAUCCAUGGUCUAACUAGCUUGUUCACACUCCCAGAUCGCCCAUCCAUGGUCUAACUAGCUUGUUCACACUCCCAAAUCGCCCAUCCAUGGUCUAACUAGCUUGUUCACUCCCAGAUCGCCCAUCCAUGGUCUAACUAGCUUGUUCACUCCCAGAUCGCCCAUCCAUGGUCUAACUAGCUUGUUCACUCCCAGAUCGCCCAUCCAUGGUCUAACUAGCUUGUUCACUCCCAGAUCGCCCAUCCAUGGCUCGUAGUUGCAGUGGACUUCACUUCAUACCACAUGCUCAAUAAUCAAAUAUUUUCAGGUCUGACUGUAAGGUGUGUGUGUGUGUGUGUGUGUGUAGUAAUGCCUUCAACAAAAGACAGGCCCACUCAUUUCCAUCCUUUGCCUCCCCUCUCUGGUACCCUGUUUUCUACCUGAUUAUUCACUUGACCUCAUGAUCUUGGUUGUCAGUGAUGGAAAUAACUUUUUCAAAGGAACCCCUAACUCAUGACCAUCCUCAGCACUGUCAAACCUGGAGCAUGCCAAGUCUUAGCUAUUUGAGUAAUAUGCAGAAUAUUGUGUGACGCAUUUGAUUUAAUGUUAUUACACACAUUAAUGGGUGCUUUUUUUAUGUGGGUAUUAUCCACGCUGUUAGAAGUACGUUGUCGCAAAAACCAGCAUAGGAACCAGCUUGUUCCUAGUAAAUAUUCUGCUUUUCACCCAUGUGAAAUAUACUAAUAAUGUGUAAUUAAGCUCCAUCUACCUUGUAUUUGUUGUAAAGUCAGCCACCCCACCUGUACAACACCAUGCAUCACGUUAUGUCAAAAAUGGUGGCACUGAAGACUCAUUUAGACGUUUAUUACUAUUCACUCAAUAUGGUGACUGACUUUAUUACUAAAUAUGUCUACUACACAUGGAUAACUGUUGAUUGUUGUCUUAGCCGUUAGGUAUUGGUAUCAAGUGUGCUACAGCUUUCCCACAUGGCUGACCUCAUUGUGAACAUGCCCUGGCUAGAAACUCCCUCCCUGUGUUCUCUGGAGAAGCAAACUCAGGAAUACAUAGCUACUGCACACUUGACUUAGCAAGAUGCAAGUUUUUUUAAACUAUUGUUUACUUCCAAAUGUAUUUUCCCCUCCUAUAAUUACAGUAACCAUUGGCUUGCGCGCUCUCCAUUUGGCUUGUCUAUCUUUUUAAAGUAGUCACUGGUAAGACUGUGGUAACAGGGUGUAGUGGAGUGAUGAGGUGGGAGGGACAUAGGCCACACAUCUCAUACAAUCCCUCAGAUCAGUUUUGUGAUGCAGAAAGGUGAACUAACGCUUUACCUCACCCAUUUAAGCUCAUUGUCUUGGGUCGUUGUUUCUAAUCUAGGACAUCAUCGUGAUCCUGUACCUCCUGGUUUUGUAGUGUUUAGCAUGUAGAUAUCUCAGAAAUGACUUUCACUCUAGGGACUAGGGUGUGUGUGGGGACUGGACAUUUUUGAUUUGUCAGGUUGGAUCAUUUUGUAUUCUCUUGCAGAGGUCGGUAGAUGCUGUCUCUGUAAACCCAGUCUCUGGGAACAGAUGAUUCAUGUAGGACAGACUCUCACCAGAUUAGUUCUAAAGGAUACCAAUUGCAAAAAUGCUGUCUCCAACAGUUAUGGGCGUCCCACCCGUGUGUUAGAAGUAUGAGAUAUAAAACUAAUGGACUACUAUACUAUUCUGUCCACCCCAGAGCAGUACUCCAACUCUUACUGUUUAAAUCCCUGUGCCAUCAGAGCAGACGUCAAAAGGGCUUUUAACUCCGUGGAAGGCCCCAUGUCUGUUCUACUGUCAGGUGUGCAGUGAAUUACAGCUCUUAUACAGAUCCAGACCAGUUGUCUGACUAACAGCCCAGUGCGUUGGGAGAUUUUGGUUUGAGACCUAAAAUGAAUUAUUGGUUCCUUUUUUUUCUGGCUUCAUUUUGUGAUUGGCGUUUGAGCGGGUUAUGAAGUUAUGCACUGUUGGCAUGCUUUGGUUUUAUUUUGUUUCUCAUUGCAAGGGUCAUUUUGACCGUGUACAGUACUUUGUAAACUUGCAUCAAGUUUAUGAAUAAAGGAUUUUAUUAAAUA